CCGCUCAUUGUUCAUUGGUGAGUUUAAUUCGGAGCUGUCGUCAUUACUUCCGCCGUCAGAAUGUUUUCCAAUUCAAACCCAAGCGCUUUCAGCGGGCUGUAUGUCCUCAGCCCCCUGUUGCUGGCUGUUUCGGGGGAGAAAGUGUUUGAGAGUCGCUCCGGGAUGAUCCAGGAGCUCCGGACAACCCUGGCUGACCUGGCAUGGGAGGGAAGGAACUACCUGGGCAGGCUGGCCGGGGAGCAGACGGUGGUGUCCGUACAGAAGGCUUUCGCUCAGGUUCUUGGUGUUUUUGCAGAGGGUUUGGCCCGUGGUCUUAACGUGCUUCUACAGUAUGUCUCACACUUCCUGCAGGCUGCUGGAAUUCAAGUUGAUUUCCCCAUUAACAAAGUGACUCCAGAGGGGCUGAUCUUUGUGGCUCAGUGGGUUCUUGUGGCUCUCAUUGGUUACUGGCUCAUCUCCCUUGCUUUCCGAUUAGUUGCCUCCACUGUGAGGCAGACCCUGUGGCUGCUGAAAGUGGGCACGGCCUUGGCCUGCUUCGGCCUCAUCCUGAGUGACCACAGCGUGGGCACAGAAACAAUGGCCGUCCGAUUGGCUGUCCUGGUGUGCAUUUGCGUCCUAUUGGGUGUUGGGACUUCGAGGGGCUCUAAUGCGGCUGAUAAAAUGGCUCACCUGGAGGAGCAGGUGAAGGUUAUGGAGAGGCGGCUGAGAGAGAUGGAGAGGUGGAGGAGGACGGAGGAGUGAAGGAGUCUUUAACACCUGAUGCAAUAUCUACACAUAAUGCUCUGUCGGGCUUCUGGAACUUCAAGAGAGAAACCUUUGUACACUUUACAUGUUGUCUAUCCGUUCAAAGGAUAAUUCUGGAUGUAAAUGUUUAGACAUCUACAAUACAUUUAAAAGUCUUGCUCAAUGGCAUGUGAUGAAUGUAUUUCAACAUGUAGAAAAUCGAAACAUUGUGCGUGAAAUGCUGUUAAAACAAGUAUAGACUAAAGAAGCCUUAUUCAAAAACUGCAUUUAGUCCAGUUUUAAAAUCUGAAAGUCUUUUCAGCUGCACUACAAAUCAUCCUCCCUCAGAAAUAUUAACAUAAUCUCCUCUCUAUGAUAUGAUAACUAAGAUUGGAAUGUUUCAUCAGUGCAACCAAUCACAACAUGAGAAAUAAUUAUUCAUAGAUCAGUGUCUCGUAUCUAAACCUUCACACAUUUUUUUGGGUUGUUUUUUUUUAAAUUUACAGUGAUUAAUGUACGGUAAAUAUUUCAGUGCAGGGGAACUGACCGACAACCUGACUGUUGUCUUAAUGUCCAGUCUGAGUCUCAGUGUUAGAAAGACAGACAUUGAAUAGAUUUUAUUCUGAGUUGUGGAUGAAUCCAGCCUGUGGAAUAUAUGAAUUCUCUGUUCUUGAAUUGAUGACUGAUUGAUCAUAAAAGCUUAAACUAAUAUUCAACUGGCAUUUUGAUCUUCCUCUGCAGACAUAAACGUCUGCAAAUUAACAUGCUCUGAAAUGGACUGUAUGAAUGAGGAAAUGAGAGGUUGUGUCAAACAGCUUCUUCAGGCUCGGCAGGGGGAGACAGAGAGCAACGUUUGUUGAAAAAAGCUGUCAGUCAGCAGGUUAGCUUCACAGAGUUAAAGUCAUCUCUGUUUCUGGAACAGAAAAUUCAGAGUGUCCUUCAGCUAAACCCGCUUUCUGGAAUAACCCCCUGGUUCGAUCCAAAGUGUUUUUACAGAGAGGUUUUCACUCUGAGAGUGAGAUUCAUUUCAGAUCUUUCUCAACAAAUGUAAGUCUGUUAUUUUAAAUGUUGUUUUUGCCUUAAAAGUUACUCAUUUGCCAUUUAGAGCCUGCUCGGAUGUAUAAUCGUAACGCUGUAAUGUAUCUGUGCCUUUGGUUAAAGUUUGUAUUCAACAUGAUCUGCCAUAUACAGUAUCAUUAUUAAACUCUUGUAUCCUAAUGAAAACUAAACCUAAUAUUUUACAGAUGUAAGGGUGUGAUCCCAGUUUGUUCAUCUUACAUUAGAGUCACAGAGCUCAGGACCCAUUUCUUUCAAAGAUACUGUAAAUCCCAGGCUAUCUUUUGGAAAAACUCAAAAGGUUGUUUAACUUCCACUGUUUGAAGAUAUUUACAGAAUCCUCACAGACCUGGGUCUUUGAAACAUAAAUACCCUAUCUUGUCUCUCCUCUUGCUCUGCUUGCUCUUGUUGAACAUGAACCAAAUUAAAACAAAUUCUCAUCAGUUAUAUUUUUCCAUAUUAAUGUAACUGUCCAUUAUUUUAUCUUUUCACACAAAAUAAUUUAUAUUUUCCUUUUGUCAUAGAAAACAAGCUAGGAGAUAUGUCAAAAAUGGGUUGGAAUCAGUUGGAGUUU